AUGGCCUCAAUUGAAGAUAUGUCCAAAGUGUUCCUGGUCCUCCUGCUUGUGCUGCCUGCUGUUGAAGCAGUGGAAGCAGGAGAUGGGAUAGUACUUCUGUUGGGCAUGUUUCUCAGGCUUACAGACAUAUGUGCUUGUCUGGGGAUAUAUGCCAGGAAGAGAAAUGGACAGAUGUGA